AUGGGCAAAUCAUUUGUCUUCGAUAUCGCUGAAUCACUGCUAACGAAGCUUGCUUCUCAGGCUUAUGAAGAAGCUUCUCUAGCCUAUGGUGUCUAUGAAGAUUUGCAUGCGAUCAAAGACACUUUGUCAAUAGUCAAAGGUGUGCUAUUGGAUGCUGAGGAUAAGAAGGAGCAUAAUCAUGCCUUGCGUGAAUGGCUGAGGCAGAUUCAAAACGUAUGCUCUGAUGCUGAAGAUGUUUUGGAUGGAUUUAAGUGUCAAACAUUGCGAAAGCAAGUUGUCAAUGCUUCUGGCAGCAUAAGGAUGAAGGUAGGACACUUCUUUUCUCCAUCUAAUCCUCUCGUUUUCCGUCUUAGGAUGGCUCAUCAAAUCAAAGAUGUUAGGGACAGAUUGGAUAAGGUUGUUGCUGACGGGAACAAGUUUGCUCUUGAGAGGGUUGAUGUUGACCAAAGACUUGUAGUGCAAAGGAGGGAAAUGACUUAUUCCCAUGUUGAUGCUUCAGAUGUGAUAGGAAGGGAGAAUGAUAGGGAGGAAAUUUUCAAGCUUUUGAUGCAACCUCUCCCUGAUGGUGGUGGUGAUAAAAGCCUGUGUGUUAUUCCCAUAGUGGGUAUUGGAGGCUUGGGGAAGACCACACUUGCAAAGUUGGUGUUCAAUGAUAAGAGGGUAGAUGAAGUUUUCCAAUUGAAGAUGUGGGUCUGUGUCUCUGAUGAUUUUGAUAUUAGGCAGAUAAUUAUUAAGAUCAUCAACUCUGCUUCUUCCUCUACUUCAGCUUCAGCUCCAAAUAUUGCUAAUGCUCAUCAUGAAGACAUUAACAACUUAGAUAUGGAGCAGCUACAGAGUCGUCUGAGAUGUAAGCUUUCUGGUCAGAGGUUUUUGCUUGUGUUAGAUGAUAUAUGGAAUGAUGAUUAUGCAAAAUGGGUAGAGUUGAAAAGUUUAAUAAAUGUUGGCGCAGUAGGAAGCAAAAUAUUAGUGACAACACGGAGUAACUCAAUUGCUUCAAUGAUGGGCACUGUUUCCUCGUAUGUUUUAGAAGGCCUUUCUCUGGAGCAUUGUUUGUGUCUGUUUGUCAAAUGGGCAUUCAAGGAAGGUGAAGAAAAGAAACAUCCAAAUUUAGUGGAGAUCGGAAAAGAAAUUGUGAAAAAAUGCCGAGGAGUUCCACUAGCAGUGAGAACCUUAGGAAGUUCACUGUUUUUAACUUUUGAUUUAGAAAAGUGGGAAUUUGUGAGGGACCAUGAGAUAUGAAAUUUAAAACAAAAGAGAGAUGACAUUUUACCUGCCCUUAAGUUAAGCUAUGACCAAAUGCCAUCCCAUAUGAGGCACUGUUUUGCAUACUUCUCCCUUUAUCCUAAAGAUUCUGGCUUCACUAGCUCUCAAAUUACUAAUCUUUGGGUGGCACUUGGUUUACUCCAAUCCUCAGAUGGUAGUCAAAAGCAAGAAAAUAUUGCAAGGCAAUAUAUAGAUGAGUUACGUUCAAGAUCAUUUCUUCAGGAUUUUGAGGACUUUGGCCACUUUUACUAUUUCAAAGUACAUGAUUUGGUACAUGAUCUUGCACUGUAUGUUGCAAAAGAGGAGUUUGUAGUGGUGAACUCUCAUACUCGGAAUAUACCUGAACAUGUAAGGCAUUUAUCAAUUGUUGAAAAUAAUUCACUUGGCCGAACUUUGUUCCCCAAAUCCAGAAGUGUGAGAAGUAUACUCUUUCCUAUAGACGGAGUGGGUCUUGACAGUGAAACUCUGUUGGAUACAUGGGUAGCAAGGUACAAAUACUUACGGGUUUUAGAUUUAAGUGAUUCUUCAUUUCAGACCCUACCUAAUUCAACUGAUAAAUUGGAGCAUCUUCGAAUUCUGAAUCUUUCUAAUAACCGCAAAAUCAAAAGGCUUCCUCAUUCUAUAUGCAAACUCCAAAAUUUGCUAGUUUUGUCACUUAGAGGAUGCAUGGAGCUUGAAACAUUGCCUAAAGGAUUAGGGAAGCUGAUCAGCCUUCGACAACUGUAUAUAACCACAAAACAAUCUGUUCUGUCACAUAAUGAAAUUAGCAGCUUGAGUAAUCUUCAAACUUUGAGUUUUGAAUAUUGCUACAAUCUGGAGUUUUUGUUUGGAGUGGAACAACUCUCUUCCCUUGAAGCCUUGAUUGUUCAAUCAUGUAGGAGCCUGAAGUCCUUACCUCUCUCUAUUCUCCCUAAAUUAGAGGCUCUAUUAAUCUUGGACUGUAAGAUGCUAAAUCUGUCACUGAUGCAUGAAAACCCAAUCGAAGAAUGGCCUAAAGUUGGAAGUCCAGUCCAAAGAUUGAGUUUGAAAUUUUUGCAUCUUGAGUAUUUUCAACAGCCACAUAAAUUGCCAAGAUGGAUUGAAGGAGCUGCAUAUACUUUACAGACUUUGUUAAUUUUGAAUUUUUCUAAUCUUGAGAUGCUUCCUGAAUGGCUAACAACAAUGACUCAUCUUAAAAUGCUCCAUAUUGUUAACUGUCCUCAACUGUUUUAUCUCCCAAGUGACAUGCAUCGCCUCACUUCCCUUGAAGAUCUGACUAUAGAUGGUUGCUCUGUGUUGUGUAGAAGAUGUAAGCCACAAUCUGGUCAAUACUGGCCCAUGAUUGCUCACAUCAAACGCCUUUCCAUUGGAGAACCAGGACCAGAGUGGUAUUCCAUGUUCUCCAAUGAAGAUGAAGAAAAAAGGUAAGAAUAUUGUUUAAUUGUCAAAACUUUGACAUACUUUUCAAUUUUAUCCACAUUUAGUAACAUUUAGUAUAGUGCAAUAUAAAUUAUGCUUUCACAAUCAUCCAGAUUAAUGUAAAUUGUAAAGUCAUUCUGAGAAGUUACUUGCAUUUCAAAGAUUGGCCCGUUGAAUGUUUAAACUUCUAGUUUGUGAAGACAAAAUAAGUCAUCCACACCUUUGAACAAAUCUAUCUCCUGACCCUUCCUUUUUACGUUGGAGGUUAAUCUUGGAAAUCUCACGCUCAUCCUUUGUUUUGCUUAUUAGUUUUUGUGUUGUGCUAGACCCUAUACCGUGUCAUUUCAAUUGCUCAAUUAAUUCUAUUUAUUAUUCUGUUUUAUGCAUGCUUGUUUAUACUAAUUAUUUUUUUAAUUUUGAUACCAUUUUUUGUUGGAUGGAAUACUGGGAAGUUUUCUGGAUCGAAUGGAUGGAAUCGGAGGAGUCUAAAAAUUGAAAUAUAUCUAUGUCCUUUGUUCAAGAGAAGGCUGUAUUGAAAGGAAUUGUGAAGACUCCCAGUAGUGGUUAACAAGAAGUUAUUAGAAUAGGAUGGUUCAAAGUACACGAUCUAGUGCAUGAUCUUGCAUUGUAUGUUGCCAAGGAGUAGUUUCUAGUGAUUAGUUCAGUUUCAAGAAGUGAAUUGCUACUG